AUGAAAGGGUCACUAAACUGGUCAAGCAUAAGUCUACCAAAUGACAAUAAUGGUGGUUCAGUUAUUGAACAUAAUAUAUUUCAAACACAUGAGACCACUUCCGGAAUUUAUAGAGAAAACAAUACAUUAUCGACCUGUUCUUCAACACCAUUUAAAUCAAAAAACAAUGAUGAUAGUGAAUCUAAUGAACAAUUAGAGGACUCGUUGAACAUAAAUGGUAUAUUUUGUUUUCAACCACCAACUCAACUAAGCAUAUCUACACCUAAAAAAAAUAAAAGACAACGCAGAUCAUUCUUACAGGAGCAAACCAUCAAACCAAAUAAAAUGACACCAAACUGA